GAGCGCUUUUGUAUUUUGUAGAUCUGUGAAUUGUGAGUGAGUGAAAAAAAAUUGAAACACAAAAAUUCCUCGUCGGAUGCGAUUGUUGAAAGUAAAGAUCUGCGUCUAUCACAAAUAUGGCCGAUCUGUAAUGAAUCGGUGGUCAGUGAUAUACUAAUUUCAUCGUAAUGCAGAAUUUCAAAAUGGAGCUACGAGUUGGAAAUAAAUAUCGUCUUGGACGCAAAAUUGGUUCUGGUUCUUUCGGAGACAUUUACCUGGGCACCAACAUUGUUACCAGAGAGGAGGUAGCUAUAAAGUUAGAAUGUAUCAAGACAAGACAUCCACAAUUACACAUAGAAAGUAAAUUUUAUAAACUUAUGAGAGGAGGCAUUGGCAUUCCUGCUAUAAAAUGGUGUGGUUCAGAAGGAGACUACAAUGUCAUGGUAAUGGAGCUUUUGGGUCCUUCUUUAGAAGACCUUUUUAACUUUUGUUCUCGACGCUUCUCCCUCAAGACGGUUCUUCUACUCGCUGACCAGCUUAUCACUCGCAUAGAAGACAUUCACUACAGGAAUUUUAUUCAUAGAGAUAUUAAACCAGACAACUUUUUAAUGGGACUCGGUAAAAAAGGCAAUUUAGUGUAUAUAAUAGAUUUUGGAUUAGCGAAAAGGUACAAAGAUCCACGCACCAAUCAACAUAUUCCAUAUAGAGAAAACAAGAAUUUGACAGGAACAGCGAGAUACGCGUCGAUUAACACUCAUCUAGGUAUUGAGCAGUCUCGACGCGACGACUUGGAAUCGCUCGGCUAUGUUCUCAUGUACUUCAACCGCGGAAGCCUGCCGUGGCAAGGACUCAAGGCGGCCACGAAAAGACAGAAAUACGAAAGAAUAUCGGAGAAGAAAUUGUCCACUCCAUUUGAUGAACUAUGCAAAAACCAUCCGAUCGAAUUUCAACUGUACCUGAAGUACUGUCGACGACUUCGUUUCGAAGAGAGACCCGACUACGGUCACCUGCGUCAGUUGUUCCGCACUCUAUUCCACAGACAGGGAUUUACAUAUGACUAUGUAUUUGACUGGAAUAUGCUCAAAUUCGGAGUUAAGCGCGGUAACUAUAAGCCUACAGGUGGCAAUGACCGCACACUUAGACGUCAUGAUCAAAACCAAGAACAGGAGACAACAGCCACAGCUGGCGGCGCCGCUGCCGGCCAGCCGAGCACCACAGUGGCCGCGAUCUCGGAGUGGCGGUGAGGAAGCUCGCGCAAGCGGGCCCGAACCGACCGGCCCUAGCCGCGCACCGACGGACACUGACACGCGCAACGGUUGUAAGCGACCCACACGCGCGCGCGAAAGGUGGACCAAUCGCGUCACCGUCCCGCACUCGACUGCGCGUCGCUGACCAAUCGCGUGCCGGGAUGUUCACCGGUCGACUGCAUAACCGACCAAUUACGUGCCGCCGGUCCGCCGACUGAUCACUGCGCGAAUGUACGUCCGCAACCCUUGCGUUUUUUCCUACUUUAUAUAAAUAAAUAUACCCAUAAGUGACUAUGGCAUAAGUUAAGUGGUGCUCACGACUCAUGCCGAUAUUAAUAUACCAUGUGUUUUGUGUCAAUAGAACUGUCAAGUGUUAAUUGAUAGACAUUCCGUUACAGGAAUUCUCAUUUUAAUUAAAUAUUCACUAGAUUGUUCUUUAACCGCCUCGUUGAAACAUCUUAGCGAGUACUUAUAAAUUUGAAAAUUGUUGAACAAAUUUUAAAUAAGAUAUUGGCAAAUUCGUGAAGUUAAUUAACUUCCUUGGCUAUUUCUAUUGAUGUAAAAUUUUCGAUCAGUGUUCCAUUUUGUAUGCUAUCGUUCAUAAUUGUAAAUUAUUUAAAUCAUAGGAUAAUGUGCGCCCAGCCGGCCACAAAUCUAUUGCACUUUAUGCUCAGUUGUAUUUAGAUGAGUACUUGUGAAAUGUGGACAAAUUAGUGCAUGUGUCAUCUAAUGGUUCUGUGUCUUAAUGUUAGAUAGACUACAGUUUAUUAUAUUAAAAUAUUAAAUGUAAAUGAAUAAGCGUUUUAAUUACGUUUGUAGUUAAUCAAAUAAUGCAUUUAUUUUAUUUAACUUUAAUUGCAUAUUUUGAUUUUAUUUCAACAUCAUUCAUUAAAUGGAUGUCUCCUCUUGGAUUAUGGCCUACACUAAUUUCAAAUUUUUGUAUUAGUUUAAGAGUUAUUUAAACUUGUGUGCAAUACUGUUUCUUUAUUAAUAUUGUCUUCCAUAAUUCUCAGUAUACGUUCGCUCGACUCUUGAAAAUGAACUAACACUUGAUACUUGUACAAAAUUUGCUUAACUCGUCCAGCCACUGCCAUAGGUUUAAUUAAAUAGAAAAAGUCAAAUCAUUCUUAGAAUAAUUUUUAAAAUCAUUUUCAAUAUAUUAUUGUUUUACAACAAAUUUUAGUUGACUGAUUUUAUUUAUGAUUUAUAUAAGAGAUUUAUACAAGUUUUGAUCUCACUUAAUCUUUACACUCGGCAAACUAUAUCGGGGUUGUGUUAUAGUACUGUAAGAAUGCGAAGGCAUAUCUGUUUCGUGUUAAUUAAAACUAAUAUAUGAAGUUCCAUGUAUUUGAAAUCCAUUCGAAUCUUUCAAUAUUGAACUAGGCAUAUAUAUAUAAUCCUUUAUCACAAACGUAAUCCAGUCCUCAGAUUUUACUCGAGUAAUUCUAUCAAAAUUUGUGGUAAUUUUCAUUGGAUGGCUGGAUCAGUUUCUAACCCUAUUUUAGAGUUGGUAUAAAUUCUGAUACUAUCCCUUUUUAUGAUAAUAUAUAAUAUAUAUCUUACUUUACUUUGGUAACAAGGAUAAACUUUAAUCGCAUUUCGUUAUAGUGCCUAUUUAGGCAUCUGUUGUAAAAAUAGAUGGAAGAUGAAAGAUUAAUAAUUUUAUUUAAUAUAACUAUUAAUAUCAUAAAUUAAUUUUUUCAGUCAUUUUAAAUUUAUUUGUAGUUCAGCUUUUUAAAAUUUGUAACCGAAUUAUUGUGUUUAGAUUGAAACUUAGUAAUAAUAAUAAGAGUAAUUUAUAUCUAUUUUGAAUAGUUUAAAUAUCUCACAUAGAAAUAAUUCAUCUGUAAUAUGACUGAGAAUUAGGUUCAAUUGUAUGUAAAUAAUAAUUAUAAUUAAAUUAGUUAUGUUAUAAUUAUAUGAGGUUGGAUUUUUUAAUCCUCGUAAUAUGAUAUCCAUAAGGUUUUAGUUUGUAACAUUGAUGUUAACUGGAUAGUUUUGAAUCUAACACAUCGAAAUGGAUAUUGUAAAUCGUGAUAUCGUUUGUUUCUCAAGGUUUCGGGAUAAGUAUGCACAUUAUUUCUUAUAACUUUAAUCCUAUUAUUUUAUAUGAAAAUUAUCAUAUUUUUAGGAUUAAAUGUUAACACAAAUAGGAAAAUUCUAUAUAAUUGGUCCAUGAUUUUAAAUAUAGUCUACAGUAUUCCAAGCAUUUUGAAAUUAAUUGUAACAUUGGGUAAUAGAUGAUUUUAUUUUUAAAACUCCGUUUCAAAUGUUUCCCCGUCGUCAUGUGCCAAUUAAUCAGUAUUGGCAUUUUAUAUAUAACUGAAUAAUAAAUGUGUAUAGUUCUAACAUCUUUUAUAUCCAAAUAUAUGUUAAUGAUAUUGUUUUACUAAUUAAAAUAUGGUAUUGUUUAUACAUUAGCUGUGGUAAGUUAAGUGUAUCUUGUAGCGCUCUCAUACGCGGGACUAGCGCAGAUUCCACGAUAUCCAAACUCAAUAAAGAAUGGUUUCAUAUUGCAAAUCUAAAACUUUUUAUCGUAUAUUUCCAUGCAUAUGUGGAAUUGUCAUAAAACUCUAAAAUCGAUUUGCAAACAUGAACAAUCGUGGUAAUGUGCUGUUAGUUUGAGAUAGAUACGGGUCGCAAAUUUGAUGUAACUGACGUAAGCGGCCAGGAAGAAACUCCGCCGCACUAAAUCCAGGAUUGUCAAAGCCGGCACAGUGGUGGUAAUAGUGGAUGGAACUUUAUUAUACUUGGAACUAUAUUAGUGAAUGCAAUCGCCCGACAAGUUAUGGAGAUGUGUUCGUGUUCAUCGGUCGGUUCUUGUACGGGAUGUCGCGCUGCAUUUCAGUGAACGCUUCACGGCGCGACAACGUUAGCUUGUUUAAAAGUGUCCGCUCUAACUAAUGAAAGACUUUGAACUUAAUUUUGUAUAUAAUAAUCGUAAGAUAGUUAAGCCAAAACACUGUUUUUUACAAUAUCCUAGGUAAUGAAAAUAAAUACAUAACUGUUGUAGUGAUAAAGUCAUUGACUUAUUUUUAUUGCAUACCUUUAUUCAUUUUUCUGUAGCUGAGCAUUGUGUAAAGCAUAAUAAUAUCUUAAUCUUGGAUUGUAAUGUGUAUUUCAUGAAAUCAAAAUAUUUUCAGAUAUUCUAUGUAUUGAAAAACGAAUCAAAAGUGUAGAUGUUAUUAGGAUAAGAAGAAUAAAUAGGCCAAAAGCUUUUAUUGAAUACUAUCUGUGCAUUUUGUGCAACUGUGUUCUAUAACCUAAUAGAAUUACCAUUACAUUUUCUUUGUUUUCUACAAAGGGCACCGUUUACUGAGUUUUACUUGGUUUAGAAAAUUAUAUUCACAGUCAGUUUUAGUAGACAUGUAACAAGCGCUUUGUAUAUCCAGUAAGAUUUACAGUCAUUGAUUUUGCAAUGAUGCCUAGAAGGGAGUUUAUAAUACACUUUUAGUUUGAAAUUGUUAUGUAUCGUAGUUUAGCAUAUUAUUAUGCUUUGUUUAUAUAAAUCUAUUAUUAUGCUUGCAUUGUUUUCUACGUCCAGAAUGUAUUGAUUCAUUUGGCACAAUAAAGUGAAUAAAACAAA